CCCAGCCCGGCUACACAAUGACUGACACGGUCCAAAGUUAUCCCGGAAUACAGACAGCACGCAUGUGCACCGACCCGGAUGUGAAACGUGCUGCGCCCGACCUCUCUCAAUCCGGACCGAGCCGAUCCAGGCCGAACCGUGCUGGGUACAAGCGGGCCAGAACCGGAGCUACAGACCCGGGAACCAACGGGUGAAACGAGGCUGAACUCACCCGGAUCCUCUAAACCGUGCCAAAAGGAGCCCAUCCCCCUCCCAGCCCAUAACUGACAGUUUUAUUCUAAAGAAUUUAACCCUCCCAAACCUUAUAUUUACCUAAAAGUGCCAAAUGCACAUUCCAGAUCAGAACUACAGCCCCCAAGGGAACUACAAUACACAGUCUGGAUUCAGGUGAUCUAGAACUCUUAUCUAGCGAGUCAAGAACUCAGGAAAAAGAUAGAAACCUGCUCCAUAGCUGCCAAUAUAAAGGAUAUUUUGUCUACUAAUAGGUUCUCUGCUUAGGUGAUUAUGGUGGAUAAACAAGUCAGUUCCUAUGACCAAUAUCCCCGCAGCUGAAAAGGUAAAAUAAGACUAAGAUUUUUAGACUUGUCUGCAACUUGAGGAGCCUUCCUGAGAUAAAGCUCAAGGAGCCUUCCCAAGAUGAAAUUUGAGGAACCUUCUUGAGAUACAACUUGAGGAACUUUCAUGAGAUACAAUUUGACGAACCUUCUUGAGAUUCAACUUGCGGAACCUUCCUGAGAUGAAAUAUUAGGAACCUUCCUGAGAUACAAUUUGAGGAACCUUCCUGAGAUGAAAUAUUAAGAACCUUCUUGAGAUACAAUUUGAGGAACCUUCCUGAGAUAAAAUAUUAGGAACCUUCUUGAGAUACAAUUUGAGGAACCUUCCUGAGAUGAAAUUUGAGGAACCUUCAUGAGAUGAAAUAUUAGGAACCUUCGUGAGACUAAAUGAAAGGAAACAUUUUGAGUUGAAACUUGAGGAACCUUCAUGAGAUGAUCAGCAAUGGGACGAUUAUUCUCCUGUUCUAAGAUAGAAACUGACCCUCCUUUGUAGUUGGUGGUUAUUAUUUGGUCAGCCUAAAACAAAUAUUUUAGUUGAAUAGAAGUCCUUGCAUCCAAGUAUGGAUUUCCGGGGCAAAAAGUAUGAGCGGGGUAGUAACUGGUCAGACCCGGAGGUGGUGGAACUUCUCCAGCUUUGGGGCAAUGAGUCUGUUCAGAUGGAGCUGGAGAGCUGCCUUAGGAACCAACAUGUCUUCAACCGCAUUGCCGACGUGCUGCGGGAGAAAGGGAUACACCGCACCGGAGACCAGUGCCGGGAGAAGAUUAAAAAGAUGAAGUUGGAAUAUCGGAGGCUGAAGGAUAACAACAAGACCCUACGCAGUGGGAGAGCAUGGAAGUUCUAUGAAGUUAUGGACAGGGUGCUGACACAUCGCCGGACCCUCUCAUACGCAUCCUUGGGAACAGGAGUUUUGUCUCAGCCUCUGCUACAGGGAACCAUGUCUGACGGGUUCCACCACCCCUUCGCUCAGUAUGGACACACACAGCACCCAGAACUUCUGGAGGUCAAGUGUGAGGAAGUCCAGUCAGAUGUGCAGUGUUUGACCCCAGAGCCUCCACCGUCCAUGUCUUACAUCCAGGACUCAGGGGGGGAGCAAGAGGAGGAAGACAGGGCUAUGUUGGACAGAGGGCCCCCUGAUUCUCCGAUAUCAAGGGUGGAAAUUCCAGCUGAAGUGAGCAUCUCCCCCUCAGGUUUCAGUGAGUCCAACAUGGCGGGGUCGUCGGGGCAGCAGAGGUUCUGGAGGAAGAGGAAAGUACGGGAGUCGAUGGAUGAACUCAUUGCUCAGAUGCUGGCGGCUCAGAGGGCGUCGGAGGAGCGGUUUCUGCAGCUGGAGGAGCGACGGAUGGAGCAGGAGCAGGAGGCAGAGGAGCGGCGGUUGCGUCUGGAGGAGCGGAGGCUGCAGUUGGACCGACAGCACGAGCUGCGCAUGUUUAGCCUUUUCGCUCAGAUGUUGGGAAUGUUGCGCCCACAGGGCAGUGAUGGUGGUCAGCACCCGAGUACAGAAUCCGUUUACUCCCAUGAGGCGGAGCCUAUGAGCAGGUCGGGAACAAGGAAUGUUCAGGAGUCGGAACUGGUCGAGAUGUACAACUGCAACCAGUUCAGCAGCCCCCAUCUCUCCACUCGUGGAAAUAUCCUCAGCAGCUUCCGUGGCUCAUCCGAAGAGGGUUACAAAGCCUACCAUGAGGAUAAGUACGACGAGGACAAGAACCCCAACGGAAUUAUCAACUUCGGCACCAGUGAGAAUAAACUCUGCUUCGACCUGAUGUCCAAACGGCUGACACAGAGUGACAUGAAUGUUAUAGAGCCCCCACUCCUGCAGUACCCCGACUGGAAGGGCCAUGGUUUUUUAAGGGAGGAGGUCGCUCGUUUCCUGACCUAUUACUGCAAAGCCCCGUCCCCUCUCAGCGGCGAAAACGUGGUAAUAUUAAAUGGCUGUGGCUCGCUCUUCUCAUCUCUGGCUGCGGUUUUGUGUGAUCCGGGAGAUUCAAUUUUGAUAGCAACACCGUUCUAUGGAGGGAUCACCCAGAGCAUAUUCCUGUACAGCGGCAUUAAGCUGGUUUACGUGCAUUUGGAGAGUAAGGUGGUGGCGCCAUCAGCCCGUCCUUUCCAGCUCACGGUGCAGAAACUAGAGAGCACCCUACAAUCGGCGAGAGAAGAGGGCAGCAGUGUAAAGGCUCUCAUCCUGAUAAACCCCCACAAUCCUCUGGGGGAUGUUUACUCGGCGACAGAAAUGCUGGAGUUCUUGGAGUUUGCCAAAAGGUACUCCCUGCACGUUAUAGUGGAUGAGAUCUAUAUGCUUUCAGUUUUUGAAGAAACCACAACAUUCCACAGUGUCCUGAGUCUGGACAAGCUCCCCGAUCCUCAGAGGACCCACGUAAUGUGGGGGAUCAGCAAGGACUUUGCCGUCUCUGGAAUUCGUUUUGGGACGCUCUACUCUCAGAACCAGGACAUCUGCAAUGGGGUGGCCUCUCUCUGCUACUUCCAUGGAGUGUGUGGACCCAUCCAGUAUAAGAUGGCUCAGCUGCUCCGGGAUCGAGACUGGAUUAACCAGGUUUACCUAAGGGUGAAUCACACGCGCCUGCGGGCCGCCCAGUCUUAUGUAGCCGAGGAGCUCCGCUCCAUGGGUGUCCCCUUCCUUAACCGCGGAGCCGGGUUUUUCAUUUGGAUCGAUUUCCGAAAGUACCUGCGGGCUCCCACCUUUGAAGAGGAGGUGAUGUUAUGGAGACUCUUUCUGGAUAAUAAAGUGCUGCUGUCUUGUGGCAAGGCGUUUGAAUGCAGCGAGCCGGGCUGGUUCCGUGUCAUAUUCUCCGACAAGACCCAUCGCCUACAGCUAGGAAUGCAGAGGAUCCGCAAGGUUCUGGAGGCAAGAGAGCGGGAGCUGCAGUUGGACACCCACACCCAAGGGCACGAGGAAGGAAAAGCUGACAGUACUGAUGAAGUCAUCUACAUAUCUAGUCACCAUGAGACCUCCUCAAGCUCCGGCAUAGGAGACCUGAUCAGCCAACUUCAGAGUCAGCUGCGCUCAUCCGAUUGGCUCCAAAGAAACACGGCUGAGAACUUCGCGCAGCAAAACCCUGAGGUCUACCAGGUCUACAGCAAGUUCAUGGGCAAGCAGUGAGCAGAGGUUGAAGGUGACAUCCUUGGAGGCCCUCGUAGAGGGACAAUUCUCCAGAAAAAUAAGGUGGAACUGAGAAUUAAAGACGGGACUUAGAUUGAUCAAUGGCAGCUCUACUGUUUACACCUAAGAGGCCAAUGUAAUGAUAUUGGCUCUUGAGAUUCACUUGUUCAGCAAAAUAGGAGGAACUUCAAGAAGAACUUCAUCCCAUGUGGUGGGGUGGGAUGGUAAUGUGUCUUCCUAAAGAACUAGCUCCAGAAUUACUGCUCUGCACAAUUUCAACCAGCUUAUGGAACAAUUAGUGAGUGCCCCACCCCAGACCAAGCGAUGAAAUAUACAUUUAGGAAGGGAUUUCAGCUUUAUUGGACUUUUUGCUUCCAUGAUAUUAUAAAGGCAUGGAACAGUGGAACACUCCACACCCAGGGGCCAGUUAGGAGAGUUAGCCCUGCCCACUGCUAGUACUGGAGGCCUGGGUAUGACUCUCCAAGGCUUUUUUACAGCCCUCAGUACUCCAUAGGCUUUGUUUAUGAUAUCACCAAUGUGAUUGGGGCUUGAGUAUGGCAUGGCACCCAUUGGGCAGCUCUACUCUGAAUACAGACAUGUUGUCCGUUAUCUGUAGGGGGUGCUGUGGUCAUUCAUGUACCUUCUAGCCUCCAGACUAACUUCAGUGCCAUCAUGUGGGUAAAGGGUUGAAGUCAUUUUGACAUUCUGGAGACCCUACACUCGGGUGUCAGUGCUAAUGUUUUGGUUGGCCUGAAACCCAAGUUUACCAAUGGGGCAGACCUGUUUAUAUAUAUAGUCUACGGGGUGGGUUAGUGGUUCAAACUUCUAAACUGACUCUCCUUGUUCUCUAGGGUGCCAUAAUCCCCAUAGAGCUAUAGAGAUAUCCACACUUAAGCUUGCCCAUACAUGCCAGAUCGGGUUGGGCAGUUUUGACCAUAAGCCUUGAUUUUUGAUUUAUUUUACUUUGCCUUUGCUUUUAUUCUCUAUCCCCUGAGCCUAAAAUACAAGCUGGACCCCUAAUUAAAAUGCAUAACCUGGACCAGCCAGCCUGCACCAGUCUCCCUUUUGGACCUGUUAUCCAAUUGACGCACAGUGGUUUUCAAGGGGGCGAGGCAGUACCCCCUGCAGACUGUGCAACCUGUGAGUGACAUCACUAUGAAAUAGAAGUGACAUCACUCUGGGGAGGCAGAUCAACCAGGUAUUGGGAAUGUGCCAAAUCCCAUCCUUAUUUACCAGAUUUCGGCUUCUGCUGACUCCUUGGUGCCUGACUGACGGAAUCCCCCAUCAUUCUGCAGGUACCCGACCCGGUGCAGGGGCAAUUCUUUUUAAUCAGUCUACCAAUACUUAGAGGCAACGAUCUGAUUGGCUGCUACAGGUAACCGCAUAGGGACAAUCUAGGGAUAGCACAAACCAUAGCUUCAAAUCCAUAUCUUCUUCUUCCUAUGCUUUCUAAUGGCGUUACUAUUCUCAAUACUAGAAUCUCAUAUUAAACAAAACUAUAUAGAUCUUAUUUUAUUAAGUACAAAAAGAGUGCAAUCCCCCCCCCCUAUUCCCGCUCCCCUACCCGCAAGGGUCUGUAUCAUGUGACACAUUCAAUGAUGAAACGGACCUGUGCAAAGAGCCUUCUCCAAGCUCCGGCAUUCUGACCGACGGGAAUUGUGCACUACCAUGAAUAUCUAGAAGCGCUUCUAGAGUCUAUUAUGAAUGACCGACAGAGUUGGGUCUGUUCCUUGGAUCCAAAAUUGCCAUUCAGCUGUCAGUUCUCUGUUACGUGUUUAUAUCCACAUACGUGCGUUUCUGUCUUACGUUGUUUUUCUUUGCCAGACCCGAUGCCACAAUAUCAGAAACCGAAUAAAGGUGUUUUGUUUGCUCUCAA